UUAUGAGAGCGGCCAUAGCCAUUAUGAAAUUUCGUUGCCUCGUCGUUGGUCCUGACUCCUGAGUCGUGAGUCGUGACAACUGCAGGUUUCGUCUCAGUUCAGAUCCAAGUCCCCCUCCGCUGCUGUAUCAGAAUACAUCACCUAUCUAUAUUCCUAAUUUUUUUUUAAAUUUAAUUCCUUAUUAUUCAUCAGAUCCACCAUUUACAUUUUUUUCAUUCUUCGAAUUCCCUCAACUCUCUCUCUCUCUCUCUCUCUCUCUGUGUUUUUCUCUCCCAAGGGUUUAUCCAAACUCUGUCGGAAUCCCACCGGCGAUUUACGCUAUCCUGGUCGACUCUGAAGAAUUCGUUCUUUCUUCUCUCUCUGUUUUCACUAUAUAGAUUAUAGUCAAUAUAUAUAUAUAUAUAUAUAUAUAGAAUUGUAUAUAUGAAUCAGCAUCAACAUGGUUUGAAGAAGAUGGUGAGCAUGGAAUCGUUGCCUUCCCAAUCAGGAAGGUCUUCAAUUCAACCUCCAAGCAGAUCCAAUUCUGAUGCCAAUGCCGCCACCACCAGUAGUAGCAGUAGUCAGAGCCUCUCCUCCAUUCUCAACAAUCCAAAUGCCUCCGAUUCCGCUUCCUGGAUCGGCUGGUGGUCUUCCUCCUCAACCUCCGUCGCCCCUCCCGAAUUCACACCUCUCUCCUCCAAAGCCGUCUCCGACGUAGCCCGAUCCGAUUUCCAGACCUACAUCGCCUCGAUCUCCGAUUCCUACCACCGGUUCGAGGAUAUUCGGAACCAUGCGAGCAAGGAGAGUCUGGAUUUGGACAACAUCGGUGGCCAAGGCGAAGCGCUCGUCGCCUGCUUGAGAGAAGUCCCUGCUUUGUAUUUCAAGGAAGAUUUCGCUUUGGAAGAAGGAGCUACGUUCCGCUCCGUCUGCUCCUUCUCCAAUGUCUCCGAGAAUCUUGUUUUGCAAGAGAAGCUUUCGCAUUACUUGGAUGUGGUGGAGUUGCACUUGGUGAAGGAGAUCUCGCUGCGCUCGAAUUCCUUCUUUGAGGCUCAAGGUCAGCUUCAGGAUUUGAAUGUGAAGAUCGUGGAAGGUUGCAAUCGGAUACGGGAGUUGAAGGAGACGAUAAGGCUCCUGGACGUGGAUUUGGUGGAGUCCGCAUCGCAAAUUCACGAGCUUAAUGCCACCAGGAGCAAUCUCUUGGCUCUUCAGCAGAAACUCAGGCUCAUAUUAUACGUCAACCAAGCUCUUUCUGCUCUUAAAUUGCUUGUUGCAUCUGCUGAUUGUGCUGGAGCUUUGGAUAUUACGGAUGAUUUGCAACAUUUGCUGGAAGGUGAUGAGCUUUCUGGUUUACAUUGUUUUCGCCACCUCCGGGAUCAUGUGGCAGCUGCAAUAGAAUCCAUAAACAGCAUUCUUUCAGCAGAAUUCUUGCGUGCUUCGAUACAUGAUGUGGGCGAUAGAGAUAUUGUAAUUUUGUCCAAGGCUAAAGCAAGAGCAUCUAUUCCCACAAAUGGAAAAGAUAGUGAAGUGAAGUUGGAUGAGGAGGAAACCUCUAAUUUUCGAGAUCGUCUUCUUCCUUUCAUUAUUGGUUUGCUCAGAACAGCUAAACUCCCUGUUGUGCUGAGGUUAUAUCGUGACACACUAACUGCUGAUAUGAAAACUGCUAUCAAGAAUGCUGUUGCUGAGCUACUUCCUCUUCUCGUUUCCCGACCUUUGGAAUCUGAUUUCACCCCCGGAGAGCGAACAGCAGACGCAGAUGGUGCUGGUGCAUCACUUGCAAGCAAGUUGAGGAGCCUAUCAUCUGAAAGCUUUGUUCAACUUUUAAGUGCUAUUUUUAUGAUUGUACGGGCACAUUUAAUGCGGGCUGCUGAAGUGAAAAAAGCUAUUGAGUGGAUUAUGACCAACCUGGAUGGUCACUAUGCUGCUGAUUCUGUUGCUGCUGCAAUAGCCAUUGGUGCUGCAGCUUCAGAAACAGCACAAGACAAUGAUGGUUUAGUUACGCCUUACUCCUCUCAGAGAAGUAUACGCAAGGUCCCUUCAUUUCAUGGAAGAGGAAAUGAUGCUGCAACUCCUUCAAAUAUGUCUACAAAUUUUAGGACUGAUGUCUUGCGAGAAAACACGGAAGCUGUUUUUGCUGCAUGUGAUGCUGCUCAUGGAAGAUGGGCAAAGUUACUCGGGGUGCGUGCUCUACUUCACCCCAAGUUGAGAUUACAGGAAUUUUUAAGUAUAUACAGCAUCACCCAGGACUUUAUAACUGCUACAGAGAAGAUAGGUGGAAGGUUGGGAUAUAGCAUACGGGGAACAUUGCAGUCACAGGCCAAAGCUUUUGUUGAUUCUCAGCAUGAAUCUCGAAUGGCAAAGAUCAGGGCAGUCCUUGACCAAGAAACAUGGGUUGAAGUGGAUGUUCCUGAUGAAUUUCAGGCUAUUGUAACUUCCCUAAUUUGUUCUGAGACAUCGACAUCUGAGAACCCAGAUGAUGCUCAAGGGAAUACGGCAACAAGCUAUGAUGAAGCAAUCACAAAUGAUGAUAGUUCACUUGUUGGGGACAAUGGAUUACCUGAUGCUCAAAAGCAAAUCAAGCGGGUGGAUUCAAGUGAAAUCCCUUCAGAUGUUACUGGAAAUGAUAAAUCAAGACCUGAAAAAAACAAAUCUGAUGUUGUAAAUUCUCUGGCUCAAAAUGAUAACAGCACGAAGGAGCGGGGCAAAUCUACAUCUCAUACCCUUUUGUACAAAGGUGUUGGUUAUCAUAUGGUAAACUGUGGCUUAAUAUUAGUGAAGAUGGUAUCAGAAUAUGUGGAUAUGAACAAUUUUUUGCCAGCAUUGUCAUCAGAAAUUGUUCAUCGUGUUGUAGAGAUAUUAAAAUUUUUCAAUACAAGAACAUGUCAGCUUGUUCUUGGUGCUGGCGCUAUGCAGGUGUCUGGUUUGAAGUCUAUCACUUCUAAGCACUUAGCUCUGGCAAGUCAAGUCAUUAGUUUUAUUUACGCCAUUAUUCCAGAAAUCAGACAAAUUCUUUUCCUCAAAGUGCCAGAUACACGAAAGCCAAUGUUGUUGUCAGAGAUUGAUCGAGUUGCUCAGGAUUAUAAGGUUCAUAGAGAUGAAAUACAUACAAAACUGGUUCAGAUAAUGAGAGAGAGGUUAUUGGUUCAUCUACGUAGCUUGUCACAAAUUGUGGAGGGCUGGAAUAGACCAGAAGAUUCUGACCCACAGCCCAGUCAGUUUGCUCGAUCACUUACAAAGGAAGUUGGUUACUUGCAACGUGUUCUAUCUCGAACUUUGCAUGAGGUAGAUGUUAAAGCAAUUUUUAGGCAAGUGGUUAUAAUUUUCCACUCACAAAUUUCAGAAGCAUUCUCACGGAUAGAGAUAAAUACUCCACAAGCAAAGGAGAGGCUGCAGCGGGAUGUUAAACAAAUUCUUGGAUGCAUUCGAUCAUUACCUACGGAUAAUUUGAGUAGUUCUGAUACUCCAAACUGGGGGCAACUAGAUGAGUUCUUUGUGCAGAGAUUUGGUGCUGAAGCUGGUUAAACAAGUUUUUAUGUGUGACAGUAAUUUGUUCCUUCUUCGGAGAAGACUAGUCAUUUUUGAGGGCAACACUGGGAUAUCACAACCAGAUUUUGGCCUACGCAUUUUCCUUGUACAAUUAAAAUUGAGGUAAAAAAGCUGCGGACAAUUUUUUUUUUCGUUUGUAUUUUGUGGUAUCCAUGAAUGGUAACAAAUGAUUUAAAGAAAAAAGAGAAAAGAAUUGAAACUAUGGAAUAUAUUAGUGUAGUCAGAUUCUCCUCGGUAUUGUGGUUUCCCAACUUAUGAGAGGUUUGUGUUUUGGCUGAAUAUUAUAACACCUGUCCCUGCACUGUAGUAUCAAAUGCUACAGGUAUGGAAACUAAUUGCUAGGUCUUCUUUUUCCAUUUUCUUCAGCCAUCACAAAUGUACUAAAGUUAUUUUUGAGAAAAAAAAAAAAACUGUUCUUUUAUUUCCAUGCAUAUGCUGUAAUUUAUUUUACAUGGUCAAUGUUAAUGAAAGUUUUAUUUUUUAUUUA